AUGGAGGAAGAGGGUCAGGAUCGCCUGUUAAACUACUGGCAGGACAUUGGCAGAGAACAUCAUGUUCAUGUUCCCCAGGACAUGGCCCAGCCCAUCCAACAGCUCACCUCAGACACAGAGAGCAUGACGGACAGGGAGAAAGUCCCCUUCACACUGAUCACAUGCAAAGAGAAUGUAAGCUAUGUUAUUUAUGAGAAGAGAGUCUACAACCAGGCCAGCUGGGCGUGUAUCACUGUGCGAGAGGACACGUACGAGCAGAGCAUCUGUGCCGGCUUCAUGAAGCUCAUGAGAUAUAUCUGCCAGCAGAAUACCUCAGGUAACUACCUGGGUAUGACCCUUCCCAUUGUGACGGUGGUGAGGACUGAUGACUCCCGCACCAGCCUGUCCAGAGAUGUGACGGUGGCCUACUACUUACCAUCCCAACACCAGGACCAACCCCCCAUGCCCUUUGACCCUGACAUCACCAUGGAGACAUGGCCUGCCACUGUGGUCUACAGCAGGUCAUUCAGCGGACCCACUACUGAGACCUCUAUCCUAGGGGAGAUCCAUGCUCUGGGCGAGGUGCUGGACUCUCCACAGCUGUGUGUGAGCGAGUCCUUCAUCGUGGCCGGCUAUACCAGCCCCGCAGCCGCACACCGACACAACGAAGUCUGGUUCCUGGAGCGCUGCUGA